AUGAGAGAGGGCAGUGGGUCCAGAGCAAAGAGAGGAUCUCCUCUAUCAUGGCCGGUUGCCAAGAGAGCAACCUUGGCCCUUUGCACCUUUGGGUGCUUCCCGUCCCACGGCUGGCUCGGGACGGAAGAAGCGCGCAAUGAGCUGCACGUGGUGACGCUGCGCAAACCCAAAGAUGAUGUUUGGGCCUGUGCCACGAGGAGGUGCUGGGCCUGGAAGGAGCGUCUGCUGGGCGACGGCCACGACUUCUUCAUCCCGCGGCCCAAGACCACGCGGCGGCUCUGCGGCUGGCUCGUCUCCACGGCCUCCAAGUCGGUGCCGCUGGAGGAGGUGGCCAUCUUAGGGAACUGCAAGCGCUUCGACAUCUACGUGGCCCUAGCGCAGCCGGUGGAGGCCACAGAGGUGGGUCGACACGUGGCAGAGGCGAUCUGCCAACAGAUGGCGUGGCACCAUGAGAUGGCAGGCUGGUCCCCUGCUUUGUGGCUCCGUCGCGCCGCUGCUGGAUUCGACAUGCCCGAGUCUGUGGCCGUGGAGCCGCUGGCCAUGGCAGAUGCCCAGGUGAAGCAGGAAUCUUGGCAGCUUCAGCGUUCCCUGGAGCUACGCUCGGGUGAUGCUGUGAGCACCUAUGCCUGCAGUGUGGCCAUGGCGUUAGAGGGGCGGACCAGGUCUGCCUUCAACCCAUGCUCUGCGAGAGAAGCACAUAUCAUGUUACAGCUGAAACGCAGCCUGGAGGCUGCCACCGGUGGAGACGAUGCGCCUUGUGGCCGUCGCUUGCUGUGCAUCUGGCGGAUGGCGUUGGAGGCUGGUAAGGCCCUGCGUGCGGCUGCCGAGCCCCUAGCGCGGGGUCCUGCGCAGUACACGGAGGCGGAGCGGUUGCUGGCCACGCAGCUGGUGAAGUGCAAGGAGAAGUUGCGUGGAUUCAGGCAGGGUGGGGCCGUGGCGCAGCUGCGGGCUUCGGCGAUGGAGCUGCUGGAGUCCGAAGAAUGGGAAGAUCCCAGCCGAGCUCGGAGGCGUGUCCAGCGUCUCCUUCACGAGCCAAGUGUGGCUUUGAAGGCUGGAAUGGAAGUGAACGAAACCAAGAUCUUGCAAGAGGCGGGGCAGCCGUUACACAAUGGAGCUCUUGGUGUACCAGUGUUGUGA